GAGGAAAUCCCACUCAUCAGUACACGACGAAUUUCCAACCAAAAUAGCAAGCUCUCGAAGUUUUGUGUGUGCGACCACGGCAACAGCGGGCAGGGAUGGAAAUAACGGUAGCAACUUUGGCUUUGUUGAUGGUCCUCUGUUUCUCUGUGCCAGCUGUCGUGGGCGGGUGUUGUCUCGUCUACAUCAUUUUGCGAAAGAAUAAUCGGACGCAGCCGGUCCGCCCUCACUCCACUCCCUCCUCCAACGACGUGGCCUCACCUGAGCCCCUCCUCGAACGCCAUGAGGGCACGACCGUCCUGCCCUCGCCUCAGAGGACGCCCUUCGGCACCUCCAGGCGGAUGGGGGCGGAUCUGAAGGCGUCCUUUGGCUCGACCUCCUCCUCCCUGGGUCGCGUGAUGGACGGGGUCACCCUGGGGACCGCCCUCGAGGGGGUCAUCCUCCUGCAUUCGCAUCUCGAGGAACUGCGUCUUCAGAAGGCGUUCAUGGAGUCCUUCGUCCGGUCGGGCGGCAUGGGUCACUGCUCCGAUGUCUCCCGUGCGUUCAACGGAUCUUUGAGAGAUUUCCCGACAUCUCCAACUACUCUGGCGCCCUCGGCGGUGUUGCCGUGGUCACACAGCAUUGCGGACGUUCACAAGAGCUCUUCAGAAAUGGUGCUGAACGCCUCGGGCCCCGACAGUCUGCGAUUCUGGCCGGUUUCCUCGAGCUGCAAGAGUCUAAGCCGGGCACCGUCGUCGAGGUCAGGUGGAGAUGGACUACCUUUUUGGAAUGCCUCGUCGACGUGUACUUCUACGCCCGUCAAAAAAUUAUGACCCGAGAUGAAUGAAUUGCCGCUAUGGUAGUUUAUGUACAGUAGUUUGUGACAAUUACAUGUGCGUUGCAUGUAUGCUAGAUUUUAUGAUAUGAUCUAUACCAGUGAUGAGUAAAAUAUUUGAAUGUG